AUGUCCGUCAAAGAUUUCUCUACUAUUGUUCCCUCUCUUUCUUUAAACUCAGGCAAAUCAAUCCCCCAUCUUGGCCUUGGCUUAUACCUGACAGGCACCGAUGUCGCACCUGCUCUAGUAAAGGAAGCCCUCGAAAUUGGUUACCGUCAUAUCGACGGUGCUGCUCUUUACAAAAACGAGGCUGAGACUGCCCAAGGCGUUGUUGAUUUCCUAGCUGCACACCCAGAAGUCAAGCGCAGUGAAAUUUUCUACACCACCAAGGUUUGGGGUGAUAACCUUGGAUAUGAAGAAACCAAGGCCUCCCUGGCUUCUUCUUGGGAAAAACUCAAGGGUCUUGGGUACAUUGAUCUUGUACUUGUGCACUCACCCAUUGCACCCACAGACGUGACUCUGUCUAAAGACGACCCCGCAUACUUUGAGACUCAACGAGCUGCACGCCGUGUCAAACGUCUAGGCACAUGGAAGGCUUUGCAAGAAGCCGUUGAGCAGGGUCUUAUUAAGACAAUUGGUGUUUCGAACUACAACGAAGAGCAUCUUAAGGAAUUGUAUGCAUGGGAGGGUUUGACCAUCAAGCCCGCGGUUAACCAGAUUGAGGUGCAUCCAUGGCUGCAGCGCGAAUCCAUUGCGGCAUAUAGCCAGAAGCUUGGGCUUGUUGUUGAAGCAUACUCGCCCUUGACUCGCGGUAAGAAGCUAGUGGAGCCACUUGAUCCUCAUCUUGUUGCCAUUGCGGCCAAGUACAAAAAGACACCUGUGCAAGUAUUGCUCCGGUGGUCAGUACAGCAUGGCUAUGUACCUUUACCCAAGAGCACUCAUCGUGCGCGGCUCAUUGAGAACAUUGAUAUCUGGGACUUUGAGCUGACUCCAGAGGAGCUUGAGUUAUUGGGCGAUAAAAAUGCGCAUGACUUUACGAGCUGGGACCCGCUUACUGAGCCUUAA